UGGUUAAAAUACCGCACACUCACUAGUUGUGGCUUUGAGCAUGUCCUGACCGCUAGCUGAUGCACUGUGAGGGGUAAAGGGUUUCAUUGAAACGUGUGGUCACGCCAAAGAAAGUCACAGCUUGAACACUAACUUGAAAUGUUUACAUGUAGAUGGCUACAAGUCAUCGCUUUUGUACUGACUGACUGUGGAGCAGGGCCGCCCCAGUAGCCAGUCAAGAUGGACACCGCUGAGGAAGGGGACAUCUGUCGUGUGUGCCGGUCGGAGGGCACCCAUGACAAGCCGCUCUACCACCCCUGUGUCUGCACUGGCAGUAUCAAGUUCAUCCAUCAGGAAUGCUUACUGCAGUGGUUGAAACACAGCAGGAAAGAAUACUGUGAAUUAUGCAAGCACCGGUUUGCAUUUACACCAAUCUACUCUCCAGACAUGCCAUCUCGCUUGCCUGUCCAGGAUAUCUUUGCAGGGCUGGUCACCAGUAUUGGAACAGCCAUCAGAUACUGGUUCCACUACACACUGGUGGCCUUCGCCUGGCUAGGCGUGGUGCCUCUCACAGCAUGUCGUAUCUACAAGUGUUUAUUUACCGGCUCUGUGAGCUCUCUCCUUACCCUGCCAUUAGAUAUGCUUUCAACGCAAAACCUGCUUGCCGACUGCCUCCAGGGCUGUUUUGUGGUCACGUGCACGCUCUGCGCCUUCAUCAGUCUGGUGUGGCUCAGAGAGCAGAUUGUCCACGGUGGCGCCCCCCAGUGGAUAGAGCAAAAUCAACCCCCUCUGGUCCCGAACCAGCCCAACGGUCCAGCACCAGCAAAUGAGGUUCCAGGUGGCAACGUCGGCGUCAACGCCCAGGCUGCUGCGGACGCCGCAGAAGCCCAGCGACCUGCAGACGCUGCCCCAGACGGACAGGCUCCUGCCAACCAACAUGAAGCCGGCAACCACCGAGACGAGGCUGAACUCGACGACGAGGACGAAGAUGACGAUGGGGAGGAAGAGGAGGAGGACGAUGACGAGGAGGGCAGGGAAGAGGAUGCUGCAGAGGCCAAUAAUGGAGGACAAGAAGAUUUGAACUGGAACGCCCUGGAGUGGGACCGUGCAGCAGAGGAGCUGACCUGGGAAAGGAUGCUGGGACUGGAUGGCUCCCUAGUUUUCUUGGAGCAUGUGUUCUGGGUGGUGUCUCUCAACACACUCUUCAUCCUGGUCUUCGCGUUUUGCCCGUAUCACAUCGGCCAUUUCUCAGUGGUUGGACUGGGCUUUGAAGAAUAUAUCAAAGCUUCACACUUUGACGGCCUCGUCACCACCAUACUGGGUUACAUCCUCCUGGCUGGAGCUCUCAUAGUCUGCCACGCGUUGGCUUCAUUGGUGAAGUUCAAGCGGUCCAGACGACUCUUGGGUGUGUGCUACAUUGUUCUUAAGGUGUCCCUGCUGGUUGUCAUGGAGAUAGGCUUGUUCCCGCUGAUUUGUGGUUGGUGGCUCGACAUUUGCUCGCUGGAGAUGUUUGAUGCGACUCUUAAAGACAGGGAGCAGAGUUUUGACUCCGCCCCCGGCACCACCAUGUUCCUCCACUGGCUGGUCGGCAUGGUGUAUGUCUUCUACUUCGCCUCCUUCAUCCUUCUGCUCAGAGAGGUGCUCCGGCCUGGCGUGCUGUGGUUCCUGAGGAACCUAAACGAUCCAGACUUCAAUCCAGUCCAAGAGAUGAUCCACCUGCCCAUCUACAGACACCUGCGGAGGUUUAUACUCUCAGUGGUGGUGUUUGGCUCCAUAGUUCUGCUGAUGCUGUGGCUUCCUAUCAGAAUCAUUAAACUUCUCUUCCCAACUUUCCUGCCCUACAACGUCAUGCUCUACAGCGACGCCCCCGUCAGUGAGCUGUCACUGGAGCUGCUGUUGCUUCAGGUUGUUCUGCCAGCUUUGUUGGAGCAGGGUCACACUCGGCAGUGGCUGAAACGCCUCGUCCACGCCUGGACGUUCACAGCUGGAUACAUGCUUGACCUCCACUCCUACCUGCUGGGGGACCAUGAAGACGAGGACCACCAACUAAACAACAACCCUCCUGGUCGCCAUAACAACAACAGGUUUCCUGGCUUGGGGGAGGGGCUUCACGCUGCCCAUCAGGCCAUUCUGCAGCAGGGUGGCCCUCUGGGUUUCCAGUCGUACCACCGUCCCGCCAACUUCCCCCUUAAGAUCAUUCUGCUGGUUGUCUUUAUGUGUGUGACGCUGUUACUGGCCAGUCUGAUCUGCCUCACACUGCCGGUGUGUGCGGGCCGCUGGUUGAUGUCUUUCUGGAUGGGCAGUGCCAUGGUUCAUGAGCUGUACACAGCGGCCAGUGGUCUGUACAUCUGCUGGCUGUCCAUUCGAGGCGCCACAGUGAUUCUGUCCUGGAUGCCACAGGGAUGGACCAUGAUCAUGAUCAAAGUACAGGAGUGGACCCUCAUGAUCCUGAAGACCAUUGUGGUGGCCGUGCUGUUGGCCGGGGUGAUCCCCCUGCUGUUGGGUCUGCUGUUUGAGCUGGUCAUCGUUGCUCCUCUCAGAGUGCAACUGGACCAGACGCCUCUCUUCUACCCCUGGCAGGACUGGGCCCUGGGCGUGCUCCAUGCUAAAAUCAUUGCUGCCAUCACACUGAUGGGCCCCCAGUGGUGGCUCAAAACCGUCAUUGAGCAGGUGUAUGCCAACGGUAUCCGAAACAUUGACCUCCAUUUCAUUGUGCGAGGUCUGGCCGCCCCAGUGAUCUGCACCCUGCUGCUGUCCCUCAGCGUGCCCUACACCAUCUCUAAAGGCAUUACACCACUGCUGGGUGUGCAGCCAGAGAUGCAGAUGCUGGUGGAGAGGAGGAUCUAUCCCUUCCUGCUGAUGGUGGUCAUACUGCUGUCCAUCCUGUCCUUCCAGAUACGACAGUUCAAACGCCUCUACGAACACAUAAAGAACGACAAAUACCUGGUUGGACAGCGACUGGUGAACUAUGAACGCAAGACGGGCAGGAGGAUGUCAGCCUCCUCAUACAGCACCUCCUCAUAGACCUGAGGCUGAUGUGGGAUCAGUGGAGCUAACUCAGUUUGCCCAGCACUGAGAGCCAUCAUCAGCUCCUGUGGUGAAAAUGUUCAUUUUCUUUUUCCCCUACGUGCUUGGCUGUCGGAUGCCAGCUUCAAACACCAACCUCUAUAUUUUCGACUGCAGCCUAGUCUUCACCAACAUCUACUGCUGUCACUGGUGACGGGAGAUAAAAAGACGUUGAAGAGUGAAGACAAAUAGUCUCAAAACUCUUCUGGAAGAUUUGCUUUUAUGAACAAGGUUGUCAGCCAAACUGCAAAGAGUCGGUACAGUUAAGUCUCAGUGGAACCACAAUGUUGGUGACUGCAUUUUAAGUUGUAAUGAUAUUAUUUAAAAAAAAAAAAAGGUUGGAGUUAAAGUCAGUUCAGUUGAGCAUUGCUUUUACCUCAGAUUGUGCUUCCCUUUUGAAUGAUUGUUGUGAAAUAUUGUCUAGCUAACCCUGAGUGUCUCUUCAUGAGACGUUUUUGACAUUUCAGAGCCGUCGAGGCAAUGUAUUGACUAUCAGGAGAACGUCUUUGUGGCUGCUGAUUCGUCUCAAAUGACCCCUCUUAUCAAAUUGAAGUUGUCAGUGAUGAAGAGAUAUACAUGAUGUAGCAAUGUGAUUGUAUUGAGUUUUUAAAAUGUUUUUUUUGGCUUCUUAGAUGAUUUUAUUAGACAUGUUUUCAUUGAUUUUUAGUGUUCUGGAAUGAGCUGUUAGUCCUGAGAAUUGUUUUAAGGUAAAGAUGUAGAUGUAUGAUUAAUAAUCUGGAAACAGCCGAGGACAAGACUUUUCUUAAGAUGUUCUCCUGUGAAUUUAAAAAAACAGUCUGGGUUGUGUAGUGUCUGUCUGAGCAAAUCCAGCUUCAGUAGAGGAGAGGUCAAUAAAUGAGGUUUGAACUAAGAAUAUUUAAUCUGGAAAGCCUGUGACACUGAUCUUACUGAUAUAUUUAUUCUGAGAGAAUAAUAAAAAAAUAGUCAUGCUGCUAAUUAGCUGUUCAGACUCUUACCUGUCUGCAAUCUGUUAACUGUGAGGAGACAACAGCUAAAAACAACUGUAGAAACAACUAAAGAAACACUGAUUUUCAUUGGGUGAAAAAGGUGAACUAUGCUGACAGAUAAAAGAACCUUACUGCAAACCUGUACAGUUCUGGAAAACUAAAGUUACCUCAUCUCACUCGGGAAGGGAGCGUCAGUAAUAGUAGUACAGACCAAUAGAUAAAAUGAAGGAAAUUUCUUUGGGGAGGGGGGAAGUUUCCCAACUUCCAAAUACUCAGAGGGUUUCUCUUUGUCUGUACUGUGACGUUGCUUUGAUUAAUAAUUCAAUUGAUCGCUGCCACCUGCUGAGCUGAAUCAGACGGAUCAAAUCUCAUCACGUAAUUCAUUUAUCAACUACUGACCAUGUUCAUGUAUGCAGAUAAACAUAAAACAAAAUCAUAGGUACAUGUACAGAGGAACGGCAGUUUAAUAUAGAUCGCUAGAUUUCUUCCCAGUAUUGUUUCAAUUAUGCAAGUCUCUUCCUGUUUAGUUGAUUGCUUUUCAUUAGAGAUGUUAUGAUACCUGAACUUGCAUAUCGGCCGGUAUAAAGUACCAUUCAGAUUCUAGUGCAUUAAAAACAAGUC